CCCUCUCCCCGCCCCCCGGGAGUCCUGACUGAAGAAGCCAACAUGAGCAAGUGAGCGGGCAAACAACCUGUGGAUCCAAAUUCGAGCUGGAACCUGUCAAGAAAUGAGAGCCGUCUUGGUCUGGAAAGAAACAACACGUCAGCAUUGUGUUUAUGACCUUGCCUUCAAGCCAGAUGGCACUCAACUCGUAGUGGCGGCGGGCCUCCAUGUCCUGGUGUACGACGCCUCGGACGGAACCAUUAUUCAACCUUUAAAAGGACACAAAGAUGUAGUCUACUGUGUGGCUUAUGCCAAGGACGGUAAAAGGUUUGCCUCUGGCUCAGCAGACAAGAGCAUCAUAAUAUGGACGUCUAAGCUGGAGGGUAUUUUGAAGUACACCCACUACGACUCGAUCCAGUGUGUUGCCUACAACCCGGUCACUCACCAACUCGCAUCCUGUUCCUCUGGCGACUUCGGCCUUUGGUCGCCGGAGCAAAAGUCGGUCAACAAACACAAAGUGAGCAGCAAGAUAACAUGUUGCGGGUGGACCAACGACGGGCAGUACCUUGCUCUCGGUAUGAUGAACGGAGUGGUGAGCAUUCGCAACAAGAACGGCGAGGAAAAGGUCAAGAUCGACCGCUCGGGAAGCUCCGCCGCCCCCGUCUGGUCCAUUGCUUGGAACCCAUCCAAGGACGAGCAACAUGACGUUCUGGCCGUGGCCGACUGGGGUCAGAAGCUUUCCUUCUAUCAACUCAGUGGAAAGCAGAUCGGAAAGGACAGGACUCUCUCCUACGACCCGUGUUGCGUCAGUUACUUCUCCAAGGGCGAGUACAUCGUCAUGGGCGGCUCCGACAAACAGGCGUCCCUCUACACCAAAGACGGCGUGCGACUGGGCGUCAUCGGCGAGCAGAAUUCCCGGGUGUGCGCCUGCCGGGUCAAGCCCGACUCCAAUUUUAUGGUGAUGGGCUGCCAAGACGGGACGAUCGCCUGCUACCAGCUCAACUUCAGUACGGUUCACGGCCUCUACAAGGAUCGCUACGCUUAUCGAGACAACAUGACCGAUGUCAUUGUCCAGCACCUCAUCACCGAAGGAAAAGUGAGGAUUAAGUGCGGGGAGCUGGUGAAGAAAAUCGCCAUCUACAAAAACCGUCUGGCCAUCCAGCUGCCCGAGAAGAUAAUCAUCUACGAGCUUUUCUCCGACGACGCUUCGGACAUGCGCUACCGCAUCAAAGAGAAAAUCCUCAAGAAGUUUGAGUGCAACCUGCUGGUGGUCUGCUCCAAUCACAUUGUCCUGUGUCAGGAGAAGCGGCUUCAGUGUCUGUCCUUCGCCAGCGUCAAAGAAAAAGAAUGGCUCAUGGAGUCUCUCAUUCGCUACAUCAAAGUGAUCGGUGGGCCGCCGGGCCGGGAAGGCCUCCUGGUGGGCUUAAAAAACGGAGCGAUCCUCAAGAUUUUUGUCGACAACCCGUUUCCCAUCACGCUGCUCAAGUUGUCAACGUCAGUGCGAUGCCUGGACAUGAGCGCCUCGCGAAAAAAGCUGGCCGUGGUGGACGAGCACAACACUCUCCUGGUCUACGACAUUAUCAGCAAAGAGCUGCUUUUUCAGGAGCCAAAUGCUAACAGCGUGGCCUGGAACACUCAGUGCGAGGCCAUGCUGUGCUUCUCCGGCAACGGCUACCUGAACAUCAAGGCCAGCAACUUCCCCGUACACCAGCAGAAGAUGCAAGGCUUCAUGGUGGGCUUCAACGGCUCCAAAAUCUUCUGCCUCCACGUCUAUUCCAUGUCUGCCGUGGAGGUCCCUCAGUCGGCGCCCAUGUACCAGUACCUGGAGAGGAAGCUGUUUAAGGAGGCCCACCAAAUCGCCUGUUUAGGCGUGACGGACAGUGAUUGGAGGGAUCUGGCCACCGAAGCUCUGGAGGGCCUUGAUUUUGAUAUUGCCAAGAAGGCCUUCAUUAGGAUACAAGACCUUCGCUACUUGGAGCUCAUCGACAGCAUUGAGGCGAGGAAGAAGAGGGGCGAGAACGACAACGACUUGUUCCUGGCCGACAUCUACGCCUACCAGGGGAAAUUCCACGAGGCGGCCAAGCUCUACAAGCGGACCGGGCAGGAGCCCAAAGCUUUGGGCAUGUACACUGACCUGCGCAUGUUCGACUACGCCAAGUGGGACGGGAUCCAGCGUGGGUUUACGCGUGCGUCGACGCUCACGGAAAUGAUGGAUUACCGCUGGCCGGACGGGGCCAAGUGGAGCAAGGAGCCGCAGGCGGCGGCCGAGAUGUACAUCUCGGCCGGAGAGAAUCUCAAAGCCAUCGACGUUUUGGGAGAGCACGGCUGGGCCGACAUGCUGAUCGACUUGGCUCGUAAGCUGGACAAGGCCGAACGGGAACCGCUGGCAAAAUGCGCCUCCUAUUUCAAGAAGCUGAAGCACCACGGCUACGCCUCGGAGACGUAUUCCAAGAUGGGCGACUUGCGGGCCCUGGUGCGGCUCCACGUGGAAACGCAGCAUUGGGACGAGGCUUUCUCCCUGGCAGAGAAGCAUCCCCAGUUCAAAAACGACGUCUUUGUGCCUUACGCUCAGUGGCUGGCUGAGAACGACCGUUUCGAGGAGGCACAAAAAGCGUUUCACAAGGCCGGGCGACAGAACGAAGCCGUCAGAGUGCUGGAGCAGCUCACCCGCAACGCCGUGGUGGAGAGGCGCUUCGAUGACGCCGGCUAUUACUACUGGAUGCUCUCCAUGCAGUGUCUGGACAUCGCCAGAGAAAACCAAGACCAGCGAGAUGAAAUGCUGACAAAGUUUGAACAUUUCCAGACGCUUGCAGAGCUCUACCAUGUCUACCACCCCAUUCAGCGCUACACGGAUGAGCCCUUCAGUUCCCUGAUGCCGGAGUCGCUGUUCAACAUCUGCAGGUUCCUCCUGAGCAACCUCCCCAAGGACAAGCCGCCGCCGGGCAUUUUUAAAGUUAACACCUUGUACGCUUUGGCCAAGCAAAGUCGAAAACUGGGCGCCUACAAGCUGGCCAGACUUUGCUACGAGAAGCUGCAGAAGCUCCACAUUCCGUCUCGCUUUCAGGAGUGCAUCGAACUGGACAGCCUCACCAUCCGGGCCAAGCCUUUUCACGACAGCGAGGAACUGACGGAAGCCUUGAUGUGUUACCGCUGCUCCAACAAGCCGCUGCUGAACAACCAGGGGACGGCGUGCCUCAACUGCAAGCAGCCUUUCAUUUACUCGGCCUCGUCGUACGAGGUGCUGCCGCUGGUGCAGUUCUACUUGGAGGACGGCGUCGGCGACGAGGAAGCCGUGUCUCUCAUUGACCUGGAAGUCCCUCACGCGGAGCGGACCGAUGCGCCGUGGCAGCAUCUGGACAACGAUGCGCAGGUGUUAAAGAUGGACGACGGUUUGGAAGAUGCGGAAGAAGACCCCUUCGCCCCCAAAAUGAUCUUUGAGCAGGGCGGCUCGCACUUUGUCCCCGUCAAGGUGAAUCGUUCGGUGCUGCGCUCCAUGAGCAGGAGGGACGUCCUGAUCAAGCGCUGGCCGGCGCCGCUCAAAUGGGAGUACUUCCGCUCGCUGCUUCCUGACGUCAGCAUCACCAUGUGUCCCACCUGCUUCAAGAUGUUCCACAGCGAAGACUACGAGCUUCUGCUGCUCCAGCACAACCGCUGUCCGUUCUGUCGGAGGCCCAUCGAUGAGCCCAACUGAUGGACGGGCGACGCCGCGCGGGCCCUUCCUCUCACGCGUCGCCGGAGACGGACCGUCGGCCCCGGCGCUCGCCGACGGGCCGCGAGCCGGGCGGGCCGACUCCAAAGCGACGUCCCCGCGGAUGGAAAGGCCGCGUACGAAUGGCCAAAGAUGCGCCAGCCUUUCCUUGUACUUGGGAGCUGUAGCAUAUGUUUCAUACAAGAGUCCGAAGGACGUCAUUCCUUAUUUUAGCAAAGACAACCUAUUUUUCUACUCUUGUCAAUAAACAACACUGUGGCAAGA